UAUCAACCAACUAAUAAAAGGAUAAUAAAAACGACAAAGAUCUCUGCUUUUUUUUACUUCUGGUUUUCUUGUUGGGUCUCUGAACGGUUCUCACUUCUUUAGAGCAUGCGGUAGAGAGUCUUGUCUGAAUCAUCGGAACAAAAAAAGGGACUCUGUUCACUGUGCCAUGGCAACUGAUACAACAGCCUCAAGUUACUGGCUGAAUUGGAGGGUUCUCCUCUGCGCUUUAAUCCUCUUAGCUCCAUUGGUAUUAGCAGCGAUUCUCAUUUGGAGAUACGAAGGCAAAAGAAGAGAACGAGAAACACCAGGGACAUUGUUCCAAGACGAAGCUUGGACUACAUGUUUUAAAAGAGUCCAUCCUCGUUGGUUGCUUGCCUUUAGAGUCUUCUCAUUUGUUGCAAUGCUCUCUCUACUCAUUUCGAAUGUUGUUCGUGAUGGUGGUGGCAUAUUUUACUUCUAUACUCAGUGGACGUUUACUCUUGUCACAGUCUACUUUGGGUAUGCUUCGUUGUUAUCUAUUUAUGGAUGCUGCAUCUACAAAAAAGAUGCUGGUGGUCACACAGAGAGUUAUACAAGUAUAGGUGAAGCGGAACAAGGCACUUAUAGACCACCAGUAACCCAUGAUGGGACGGGAACUACGCCAAAAUCUCCCAUUUCACAUUCAGAAGUACUAGUCCGAGAAGCAGCAGGGUUUUGGGUUUAUGUCUUUCAGGUUCAGUUCCAAACUUGUGCUGGUGCUGUUGUGCUAACAGAUAUCGUGUUUUGGGUGAUUAUCUACCCGUUUACUAAUGGUUACAAGUUGAGUUUGCUUGAUGUUUGUAUGCAUUCUCUCAACGCUGUAUUUCUCCUCGGUGACACAUGUCUCAAUUCAUUGCGGUUCCCUCUGUUCCGGAUUUCUUACUUUAUACUUUGGAGCUGCAUUUUUGUGGCCUACCAAUGGAUAAUCCACGCCUUCAAGAACUUAUGGUGGCCAUAUCAAUUUCUUGAUCUUUCUUCACCGUAUGCACCCUUAUGGUACUUUGGAGUGACAGUGAUGCAUAUACCUUGCUUCGCAGUCUUCGCUUUGGUCAUAAAGAUGAAGAGUUCCUUGCUACAGCGUCAUAACUCGUCAUAGUUUUGGGUUCAUGAGAUGAUAAUCACACAUGAGGAGACAACCACUGUCAGGGGAUAAGAGGCUAUCCAAAAGAAAGAAUAGUAAGUCAAAAGGGAUCUCAAAGUUUCCAAGUACAGACCAAAUAUUUGGUCUUGUUUAUGAUUAAAAGAGAAAACAAAUGACAACUCUCUUUUUGUUGUUAAACCAUUGAUAGAUGUCUUCUUUGCUGUAAAGACGAAGCAUAAAACUUAGGGAAAUUUUUUUAUUUUAAAACUAUUUUCUUUAUUUUAUAACAA